AUGAGCACAGUUCAGAAACAAGACUGGCACCACAGAGGCACAGCAUGCGUCACACCGUUAUCGACUUGCUGUCUGACAUGGUGGUGCCCUUGCGUCGUCUACGGGCGCACUCGUCAUCGUAUGAAGGCCAACGGUAAUAUGAAUACUUACUCGUGCUGUAACACCAGCUGCGCCGCAUUCGCCGGAAUGGGCAUCGUUGGUCUGUCCUGGAUUUUACCGCUCCUCAACCGCGGCGAGGUUCGCGCAGAAUACGGGCUAAACGGUAACGGCUGCAAAGACUGCCUCUGCGCUUGCUGCUGUGCGCCUUGUGAUCUGUUACAGCAAGAGAAGGAGGUGGAACACCGUGAAGCGCAGCGCAGACCGCUACUAGAUCAACCUGGCAAGGUGGAUGCGAUGAACUACGCGCCACAGUAA